CAGAACUACAGGUUAUCUAAACGGAAGGCUGUUUCUUUCUAUUGCGGACCGCGGGAAAAUGUCGUUGUUUCCGGUUAGGUAGGGGUUGUACUAGGGUUGGCGCGGCUGGAGUACAACACAGGAUACGGCAGAACAAAACUGGGAACGGAAUUCAAUACUUUCCCUCGGUAAUGUUGUAUUUAAUCAUACCAUGUUCAAAAGUUUUGGAGCUUGCGCGUAGCUCACUUGCGAAGAAAUGAGAAGGACUGCAGGUGCACUUGCAUGGAGAAUUUGUAAGCAGUUAACAACAUGGAAUCCAGUUAUCUUGAUGACCUGUAUGGUGACUUUGGCAGUUCUGAUUCGCCUGUGGCCUGUGACGAGAGCUCCUUGGAUAUUUACUCUGGGCUGGACCAUGAGAACAGUCCCAGAUGCAGCUCGAAUGCAGAUAAAUGUGCCAACCCCUUUUCACCUUCAAGGACUAAAGAUUCUUUCGAUUUAUAUGAAGAAGUAAUUACCGAAGAAAGGAAGGAGAGGGCAACCUCACACAGUGAGUUGCUGGCGAAGUUGGAGAAAACUCAGACCCAUGUUAAAGAAUUAAUUUGCAAACUACAGGAAAUGCAGAAUAAGAACAUUGGUCUGAAUAAUGAAAAUAUGCUGCUAAAAAAGAACAUAUCUGCACUUAUCAAAACAGCCCGGAUGGAAAUUGUACGGAAGAAUGAAGAAAUCGGCAGACUUCAACAGAGGAGUGGGAGGGGUGGAUUUAAUCAGUAUUGUCCUCGGUCUUUGGCUAACUUUCAGAGGUAUGUGAACACCAGGCAAGGGAACACAGACAGCCCAAGUGGAGGGGGAGGUUCCUCUACUGACGCAUCACAGAGGACCAGGAAUACAUGUAUUCAGAAUCCUGGAGUAAAUAACACCAGCCAGCUACCAGAGAAAGCAGCUACUGGAACUGUACAAGAAGACUCUUCAGCUCACGUGCCAAUCCAUCAGAACAGUAUACCAUCCAGUCAUGAUGUAUUGGGAUCUGAUAAACCAGUCUCAUGUUCUAGUGACAAUUGUAUUAAUGAUUCUAGAGACAUGGAACACAUGCACAGAGAGGCAGCUGGGAAAGCCCACAAACAGGCUACCAAGUCCUGUAUGGAAACUACUGCAAAGCAACUGACUGUUACAGAAAAACAGACCACGGAGGCCCAGGAGAGCAGAGAAAGAAAGCUCAGAUACCAGGAGGAACGAAAUCACAGUGUUAGGAUUUGCAUCAGUGGUAAAAAAGAGGAAAGGUCAAGAGAGAGGGAGACGGCAGGAAGAGAGUUUAAAGAGUCUGAAAAAGAUAGGGAAAAGCAAAGCCGAUGGAGAAGUGCGCACACGGAGAGAGAGCAGCAGAGGAGAUCUGGGAAGGGAAAGAGUCCUCCACGCUCAAAGAACCGAAGUCUUCAGCUGGAGAGUUCAAGACAUGUGUCUAGCGAAUUGGACCGUUCAAAAAGUCGUCGGAAAGAUAGUGAACUGGUAAGCAGGAGCAGUCGGCGGGAUCCGAAACACAGUCAAGACCAGGAAAGGUCAGAGAAGAGAGCCCCAGAGUCCAGCAUAAAAGAAGGAAAGCACACCGGCGGUUCCUUCAGAAGCCGACACGGGGACAAAGCUGUGACCUCUUCAAGCAGAAGAGAAGAGAAGAGCCCCACCAGAGACAGGUACAGAAAAGAAGAGGAGAAGAAAAGCAAGGGAGACAAAAGUAAGGAGGAGAGAAGGAAAGACGAGUGUAAAAGGAAAGAAGAAGAAAAAAAGAAAGGGGACCAAAAAAGAGAAGAGAAAAGGAGGCAUGAGGCAACCAAGCUGCAUUCCAGUAUCUGCAGAAAAGACUCUGAACCCGAAAAGAAGUCUGACACAAGUGCAGAGCCAGAAAACGGGGUUCAGAUCCAUGGUAGCGCAGUGCAAGAAGUUGCAGACAAUGAUGGUCAAUUGGGCCAGGAAAACAGCACAGAAGAAAAUGGCAGGAAUAGGAAACUGUGUUUCAUGGAAACGCUUAAUCUCACGCUUUCACCUGUGAAAAGACCAAAGACGUCCACCGAGGAAGGGGAGCUCGAAAAGAGGCUUCCUGGAGAGGGAGAGUUGGCGGGUGAUGGUGUGGAAGUUCGACAGUCUGACUUUUUUGUUGAUGGAUGCAUUGUGCUAGGUGAGGCUGAAUCAAGCAGCAAAUCAUCGGAACAGGAUAAAGAGGUUUCUGAGUUUCUCAAUACUCAUUCUCAAAAGACACAUUCAAACUGUGUCUCAGAAAAUGAUUUAAAAUGCUUCCCAGCCGCUGAUGAUGCAGAUAGUGAAAAGAUCCCUUUCCCUCUCAGUUUGAUGGAGCAAGAUGUGAUAUCUUUAAAAGAAACUAAACCAGUAGAUACAGAAGUAGAUGCUGCUGUUGUGGAUGCAGCUAUCCAAACUUUGGCAGCAGACUGUGAUGCUAUAAAAGCUGAACUCCUAACCAAAGAACCAGAAGUUUGCGCCACAGCCGUCAACACAGCGACCUGUGAUUAUACAGUGCAAGCAGAAGCUCUUGAUGCUGCUGUAGGUGCUAAGGCCCACAAUGAUACUGAUGUCCACAGUGUUGCCCUAGUUAUUGUGGCCCGCAAAUUAAUCAGAAAUGACAAGACCCUUGAUGUUAAGUCCAAUACUGAAUCUCCCACCAUUACCUUAGAUGCUGAAGCCUUCAAAAUUACUACAGAUAAUGAAGAUUGUCUAGUUGUAGACCUUGAAACAAAUGACAUUACUGUAGAUGCAGACAAUGACAUUACUACUGAUACUGAGGUCAAUGACAUUAGUGGUCAGACAAAAUAUAACAAUUGUACAGCAGAGGCCCAGGCUGUUGCCAUAGGUGAUGUGGCCAGUACUGUUACAAACACAGCAUCCCAAGAUGUUACCAUGGACACAGAGUCAAAUAAUAGUUCUACAGAUUUAGUAUCCAGUACUGACACCAUAGAAACAGAACCACAAAGUUCUGACAACACUGUGAUAAAAGAAAACAAUUUAGAAACUCAAAAUUCAGAUUACGAGGAAAACUUCACAGCUGAAGGAGAAUAUGACAAUUCAAACAUGGAUACGAGUUCACGGUGCAAUCAGACAAAAAACGAUUUAAUAAAAGGAAGCAGCAGAGCUUGGAGUGGAUUGUUGUCGGCACAGCAGGAAGAAAGAAGCAUUUCAUCAACGCUGCAGGAAUCGAGUGGAGAUCCAGCCUUCGCUGAUACGACCAGCUGUCAUUUGCAGCCGGAUUCCAGUGAAUGUGACACACUGGAUGUUGGGCCGUCUCAUUCAGAGCCUGUGCCUAAGGGCCCUGCAGAAGUGCUGCUUCAUGAUGAGGAUUCUAUGCUGCUUGCCCUGAAAACCAUCCGUCACAUUCCUGAGGUUAUCAGCCCCCUAACAAGCCCCGCUCGACCCCUGAAGAGAAGUCCAAGGCACGGGUGCCCAGGCAAGCCACCAUAUGUAAGGAGCUUAGACAAGGAAUUAUCUGGCAUUUUUAAAAGCUUCACUCCAGAAACAAAACUUACAGAAGUGAACAAGGAGAAUCAGGAGCCGGAAUGUAGCCCUCUGGAAGAGACAAAGGAAGGUGGAAGCUCCUCGUCGUCGUCUGUGGAGGAUGAAUUAGAAGAAGGAGAAAUUGUGAGUGACAGCGAGGAAGAAGAGAAGCAGGUGGUGAUCCCCUGUACUCGCCAGAUAAAAAAGAGUCCCAGGCUUGAGAAGCAGCCAAGCAGUCCUAAGGCUAGAACCCCAGCGAAGCAGGUCAAACAAGCAGCUUCGCAAGGCAACAUUGCAAAGAAAAGCAAAACCAACUCAACAGCAAUAAAAAACUCUCCGUCCCCCUCAAACAAAUCCCCUUCAAAUAAGAGACGCUUUCAAACUGUUCUGACAUCUUUGUCAAACUCAGAUCCUUCCUCUAUACACGAGGUUAUGGACAUGCUAAAGUUUAUACGCAAGCAAAUAAGGAAAAAGUACAUGAAGCUGCACAAAAGCUUUCCGGCGAAAACAUUCUACAACGUCAUUGAAAUGUCCCUUUCCGAGUUCACAGAGUUUGUUAAGAAUCUAAACUGCUCCAAACUGUCCAACUCGGAACAGAACUUGAAGUCCAAACUCUGCAAGAUCAUUACAGCGAUGCUGAAGCAGAUUUCCAACAACGGUAUUGUCAAUCGCAUCUUUGAGCAGAACUCUCCCAAUCUCAAAAGCAAACUCUGGAUCUUUGUGGAGCAGCAAUUUGACUGCUUGUUCAGAGAACUCCAGGCUGCUCUGAUUAAUCUCUGCGAAUGUGCUGAUCUGGGGCAACCUUCAGAUGAGAAGGGCAAGAAGGAUAAAGACCAUACGAGGAAAGAAACCAAGGAGGAACAGAAGACACAAAUCAAAUCGCCAAAGACACCGGUCAACAAAGCAAAGAGGAAGGCCUUAGAGACUGAACCAAAAUCUGAUUCAAAAAAGCAGAAAAAGUUAUUUAAAUCCCCAAAGACUGGCUUAGGAAGUAGAGGCAAAAACCUAAAUAACUACAAGGAAGAUAAAGCAAGAAAUUAUAUAGAGCCAUCGAAUAAGGUUUUCAAACAAAACCCUGGCUUGUCUACUGUUAAUACACUAAACACAGUGGAGUCGCCUAAAAAAGAUGUUGCUCCCACAAUAAACCCAGCCACAUGUACCCCAAGGAAACCUUUAAAUGUCCCAGACAAAUCAGAUUUCAGUUUUCAAAUCUUAACAGAGCAGCAGGCAUCCAGCCUGACUUUCAAUCUGGUCACAGACUCUCAGAUGGGGGAGAUCUUUAAGUGUUUGCUGCAGGGGUCUGACCUGCUGGAGCAGAGUACUGCUGGGGUGGAGAGCCACAGCUGGCUGGUUGGGACUCCUCGGAAGGCAGCUCCUGGUGAAGAGAAGUUGUUCAUGCUGCCCACCCCGAGCAAGGCUUUAACACCGAUGAAAGUCUCAACUGCUACCCCUUGGUCUGUUAUCAGUCCUGAGAAAUUCCCUGCUUUUGGUGGCAGAAUCAGGCUACCACUGAACCCAGCUUCAUUAGAUGAGAGCUGUAUGUUGGAAGUCCCUUGUGCUAAUUUGGUGGAUACAGAAGCCUCUCUUCCACAGUGGUCAAUCUCCCAUUCUGUGUUGACAGAAGAUCUGGCGGUUUCCCUCACCAUCCCUUCCCCACUAAAAUCAGACAGUCACCUAAGCUUUUUGCAGCCAGAACACGGGGAAGUCAUUGCUGUUCCGGAUAGCGUCCUCAAUGCCCAUUAUAGCGAAGAUGCUCUUUUUGAUGGGGAGGAUGCCACUGAGCAGGACAUCCACUUGGCGUUAGAUUCAGACAACUCCAGCAGCAGCUCCGAUAGCAGCACCAUCUGGCCCAGCCAGGCCAUUCCACCUGGCUUUCAGUUCAAACCCCAUCUACCAAUGCAGGCCGUGGUUAUGGAAAGAUCCAAUGACCACUUUAUUGUUAAAAUCAGACACACAUCUACCAUUGCCCCCUCAGAAACUGAGCAGAAGUCUCUAAGCAAUGAGAGUAAGUCACUUGAACCCUCGGAAGAUGAGGAAAUGCUACCAUACACAACAGACGCUGCUGUGGCAAUUUGCAAUGGGACUACUGGUAAAACGGUCAUUAAUGCUUUGUGUGACAAUACAGAUAAGCAUUUAAUUAAAGAGAGUUCAUCAAAGGUUUUAAGUGUAAUGAAUAGUCCUGCUUCUAAUCAAGAUACAGACUGUUCUGAUGUUAAUGGCAGGUGUUGGCCUGCAAGACCUGCCAGGAAAUUAUCAGAAACUGAGGAGGACGACUCUUCUGAUCAGGGGGCUUCUCAGAACUGCUCACUGCCGAUUGGGCGAUCCCAAGACCACAGUGAGUCUGAGCAGUGCGGCGGUGUGUGCUCUGGCAGCAAAAAGCGGACGAGGUGCCAUUCUGAGCCCGCUGCAAAGAAACCAAAAAGAGACACGACCUCUAUCUGCAAAGGCAAGAAAAAGAAAAGGAAAAGGAAGUCUGAAGAAAGCAGCAGUCAUUCUGAAAAAGGAAGAAAAUCCCCCAGCACAAAGAAGUGUAGGAUAGCCUCUUCUGCACAGUCACCCAACAGCCUGUCAGCCAAGAAUGUCGUCAAAAAGAAAGGAGCAGUUUUGGUAGCCUGGACAAGGGAUGAUGACCGGGCUAUUCUGGUUGACAUCAAGAAGCAAGGGGCAUCUGAAAAAACCUUUUGCUCACUGGCCUCCAGGUUAAACAAGUCUCCAUCUCAGGUUUAUGAGAGGUUUGGCCAGCUGGUGAAACUGUUCAAAAAGACUGAAAAAAUGAACAGCUGAACAUCUGCAUUUAGCUGGUGAACUACGUGGGGAUAUAUACAAUACAUUCACCUAAAAUAAAAAGAAUGUGUUGGCUCAUACCUGCAGGUAAAGAACUAGACAUGGUGCGUCUGUGCUCCAACCCUCUUCACCAGUGGUGUGUGCAGCUGGGAGCCAGAUGUUAAUCACACUGACCGGGGCCUGUCUGCAUUAGUGAUGAGGAUAGGCUACAGACCGAAAGCUGCUUAGGAACACACAAGGUGUGUGGGCCAAUAGGAGCUCAGUCAGUCCAAUUUUUGUUUUUCACCUGAUCUGUUUGAUGUUUUAAGCCUAAUUAUGAUAAUGUAUUCAGGGUUACUUAGCACCCUCUAAUAUUUACUGAAAAUGAUAACCUAACAUUUUCUGUAUCCUGUGAUUAUUUUACAUAAUCAGUUUAAUUUUUUUUUUAUAUUCAGUAGAACCUCAGGCUUACGAACACCUUAGGAAUGGAGGUUGUUCGUAAGUCUGAAAUGUCCGUAACUCUGAAAAUGAGUUUACAACGGUUUUAAAAAAUGUGCACAACUGCUAUCUACAGCCUUAAUCUAGUGAAUAAUACAAAGAUACAGCACAGUGAUGCAAUACUCAUAUUGUUAUGGUUUGAAAGGCUAUAUUUAACUUGUUUAAAUUGUAACUGUACAAAAACACAGAUUUAAUUGUCCAGGAAAAGCUGGGUUAACAUGCUUGUUUUUAUUUUAUUUUAAAAACAAAAUACAUUUGAGUCAUUCAGAGUCCUUUUGGCUUGGAAAAAAAAACAACUUUGCUUUGUUUAAAACUAAAAUGCUCCUAGUAAAAUUGCCCAUACUUGCUUUGAAAUCAGCCUCACUUCUGUCUGGAUACUUUCGUUGGUACAGUAAUUUUGCCUUCGUGACCAGCAUGCCUCUUAUGGAGUGCUUUAUCAAACUCAUCAUCAUUGUCUUCAGAUUUGCAUACGAUGCAUCUGUUUUUACUGCUCUGCUGUCUUUCGCCUCCUUUGCAAACUGUUGGAUUUGUUUUCUUGACUUUUUUUUUUAAAUAUCUCUGACAGUUUCCCGAUAACCAUAUUUCCAUGAUACCGCUGUCAUGUUUUUAUAAAUAUUUGAAACCUUUUCUUUCAAUUGAAAUUGUAACACGUUUGUGUUUCCCAGUUCUUGCCAUUUCAGUAGGUUAACGCUGCACUUUUUCAAAAUGGAUUCUGGUUGUAUUGUAGGCAUGGUUGAGUGAUCACAUACUUCCAGCUAAAAGGGGGUUUAGUUGACCGGUCAGUUCAUAUGUUAGGUGUUCGUAACUGAGGUUCUACUGUGUGUUUAUUUAAAAAAUCCUGGGUCAUAAAUCUGAUGAGGAAUGAAACCAUACAUACAUACAUAAUUCCUCGAUUGCCUUCUGUAUGUCCUUUAUUUGUAUCCACGCCAGUCCUGAUUGCCAGUGAGUAGGACUGGGAGCUAAUUCUCUGGUAGCAAGAAUGGUGUAGAUGUUUCACUACUGUAUGCCUGCCUUAUAUUUAGAGCUCAGGAACUCUGCUUUUAGUUAAUCCACCGAACAUUCAAGUUAAAAAAAAACCUUGAUGGUCGUAAAAGUAACUAAUAUCCAUAGCAGAACAGAAUUUUCUACACAUUUGGCCAGUAUUUAUUUCUUUUACCCAUCUGAUUUAUAUCCCAGGAUGUGUAAAUAAAAACAGAACAAUUUGAAUUAUGUUGAAAAAUGUUUCAUCACUAUAUAUUCAACGUUUCUUUAAAUAAAGAGCAAGGUGUGUGCUCUUGCACAUUCACAUUUUUAUUUUACGUAAUAAUGGCAUAAAGACUUCAAAAAUGAAUGGUUGCAUUGGACGAGACAUUAUUGGGUACUGUACUCCGUGUGUAUGAAGAUUCCUUGCAGACCUCGGUUGUAUCCUCUUCCAGUAUUGUCAACAUGUACAGCGGAGCGAUGCACCAGUAACUGGAAAUGAAGGAACUAAAAUGUAAUGCAAUUAUCUGUCCAGAAGCAAGUUCUACCUCAGCAGGCACUGGGAUCCCAACAGUAAGACGGUGUAAAGCAUUGGGAGAAGCUAUGCUAAUAUACUGUGAACCGAAAUAUAAUAUAACAAGGCACUUAGUAAAUUUAUGCAAACGUAUAAUUGAUUAUGGGCAGUUAAUAGACAAUUCCCAUUUUCAGUUACAUUGUCUGUUAAAACACUGUAGUUUUAGAAAAUGGCUGUGAACCCUUAAUAAAUCAACCCAUCCAGUAUUGGGACAAUGCAACCGCAUUAAACUUUUUUUUUUUUCUAUGGUACAGUGUUUUCUAGACACAAGUGGUUCGUUCCAUAUCUGCAUUGAUGUACUGGAGUCAGUAUAAAGUGAAGAUUUCAUUCAAGGUAUCCAGAUUGUCUUGCUUCAUACUGGAUGAAUAUUUGGUAAUGUAAAAAGUUGUACAUUUUUUUCUUUUUUUUUUUUUUUUUAAUUUCUCUGUAAAAUGUUAUUUUUAUGAUGAAUUUGUUUCUGCUAAAUCCGGCUACAAGUAAAACAUGUAUAGUUUAAGUUGUAAAUAAUUUCUUAAUAUUCUUAUUAAUUUAUUUUCUCUAUUUUAUGUAUUAACACAUGUCCAAAUUUAACAUUGCCAUAAUCAUCUUGAAGGCACAGAAGUCCUCAUUGUUUAAGUUUCAUAUAAAGUUCACAGCUGACACGUUCCAAUCUUGUGUUGUCUUUACAUGAACAUGCCCCUGUCUCUUAAAGUUCUUUCCCUCCUAUCUUACUGCUGGUGCUUGCGCUGCCUAAAGCCGUUUCUCCAGCUGGCCCAUAGCAUUGCGUGGGCCCUUGAAAGGCCUUAUUGACACCAAUCUCUUUUCAUUUGACAUACUUUAAGGCCCUAAUGAAUGCAAUUUGUUUAAAUGUAUCCAUGUUGUAUUUUAAUAAAAGCCUUUAUUUGCAACUAGGUGACUUGAUUAUGUAACUAUAACUCCAUGGCUUUCAGCAAAAAGCUGGUUUAGCGUAUCAGAAAAGUGCAGAACCCAUUCACAAAACACUAGUUUUUACAGUAUACCCAGCAUACAUAUUUUCAAUGAAAUGCAUCAUGUGCGUAAUUGUCAUGUGUCUAAUCUAUAUGUAUUACAUAAAACAAUGUUAAAACAAUAAGAAAAUAAAUAAAACAAUUAUUCAAUGA